AUGAAAGAUGGGUUCUGUGUGACAAUAGUACCCAAACCCCACCUUGUGGAACGACUACUAUCCAACCUGAAAGGGGCAAUCUACAACAACGACCGCAUCUUGAGACUCUCCCUCAGCAACCUCUCUCUCGGAGGAACCAUCUCUCCCUUCCUCUCCAACUGCACCUACCUCCAAUCACUCGACCUAUCCUCCAACGCCCUCACUGGACCCAUCCCUCCCGACAUCCAGUCCUUCGCCAACCUCGUCGUCCUCAACCUCUCUUCUAACCAACUCCAGGGCCAGAUCCCGCCACAGCUCACAAUGUGCGCCUACCUCAACGUCAUUGACCUCCAUGAUAACCUCCUCACUGGUCCCAUUUCCCAGCAAUUGGGCCUCCUCGUCAGGCUCUCCACCUUCGAUGUCUCUAAUAACAGGCUUUUCGGGCCCAUACCGCCUUCUUUAUCCAACCGGACCGGCACUCUGUCCCGCUUCAACGCUACCUCCUUCUUGGGGAACAAGGAUCUCUAUGGCUACCUUCUUCCACCCAUUAAGACCAGGGGCCUGUCUGUUUUGGCCAUUGUUGGGAUCGAGCUCGGGAGUGGCCUUGCCAGCCUCAUCCUCAGCUUCACUGGGGUUUGCAUAUGGUUGAAAGUCACGGAGCACAAGAUGGCUCUGGAUGAAGGCAAAAUCAGUCAGCUCAUGCCUGGUGGCUGGCAGCAGUAA